AUGGGUUAUGGACACAGCAAGUGGGCGUUGGAGACGCGGGACACAUCAUCUGUCCUGGCUAUGUCGUCUUGGCUUCAAGACCGCCUUGACAAACACCGACGGCCUCCUCUGGUGUAUGGUCAAUGGCUGUGUCCGGCCGGGCCAGAUUCCCACAUAACCAACGUCGUCGGCAUGGCUCUUGUUGACCACGUCGCUCGCUCGACUGCCCCCGCCGCGCUCCAUCCUCUUCUUACUUUACGCUACCACUUCCGCGUUCUCAGACCCACCUUCAGCGACUCCCCCCUGGCCCUCUCGCUACACGGCUAUGACACGGAGCGCCACGACACACUGCUCCCUCUGCUGCACUUCGUGCUCGACGACCUCGCGACGAGCAUCAAGGCGCUCGAGCUCAGCGGCGCGAACAUGUGGAAACUCAUUGUGCCGCACGUUCAGCAGACGAAUGCAUGGGCGACGAAUGCUGGUGGGCAAAUUACAUCGCGGGGUGCAGGAAAUUUUGAGAAGCGAGCUUUUACUCGAAAGAGUCGCUGCGUCCUGCGGUUUGGCUCAUGUUUCCCGCCAUUUUCCUUCCGGAACACAGCACAAAUGAAAUAUAUUUUCGUUUCUGGCUUGGCGAGCGGUAUCAGGAAGGACGUCAUCGCGUCUUCGAGCGGGCUGCCCGUGAGGACGGCUGGUCCGAAAGCUACGACAAUCGAGAGGCGUGGCGACUAUCAUGGGAAGACCAUCCAAACUGUUCCUCAUGUAACGAAUGCCAUCGAAGACCGAGUGAACAGCCGGAUCUCCGCAUCCUGGGACGCAUUCAAGCUUGGUGGCACCGUCAGCGACAUCAAAUCUGCCGCAUUUAUCAAGGCCAUGCGGCAGUUCUGA